AUGGGUGAAUGCACUAUCGGAGCUGUGACUUACAUUAUGGUCGCCGGUCUCGGAUCUAUAAUUACUGGCAUUGUUGGUACCGUUCUAUAUAGCACAGCACGAGACCAACAAUAUGAGUACAAUACAAGAACGCCCUGUCUUCUACUUAAUAAAAUAUCUAAUGAAACAUGCGACGCAGACAACUCAGAUAGAUCUUUUCGUCAAGUAACUCCAAGUUUGAAAGAUUGUUACUACGACGAAUGGUUUUUUGUUAAUUAUCCAACAUCGGAUGGAACAUGGUUGAACAGUACCAUCCAUGAAACAAUGUCUAGCGCGCAGCGUCCAGCUGAGAUUGGCCAGACUUACCCAUGCUUUUAUAGUCGAAAAGAUGGGACAUCUGUAAUAUGGCAGCAGGAUAGUCAUAUAACAGGUAAAAUAAUGCUCAUCGCUGGCUGGACUGGAGCUAUUAUAAGUCUACUGUGUUCGGAACCUAUUGUUUUUCAUCUAAUUGACCGUGAAUGCUUAUAA